AUGGUGCACCCGCAAAAGCGCGGCAGCAUCAAGAAGGUCUUGAAAAGCACCAUUAUCCGAAUUCUGGAGUUGAAGGAGCAGCUCAUCACCUUCAAUCUGCGGCCCUUGAAUCGCUUCGUCGCCCUCGACGAGGUUCUCACAGACCUCAAACUCAAUCCGGAGACCGUGGAAUGGAAGGUUCCAAGGUACUUCUUGGAUGGGAAGGAGUGCAAAGAAGAGAUUGAGGACAAACAGCACAAGAUUGACCACUGGCUGGGAGUCUUUGGCAUGCCUUUGGAGCCAGAUGACCUGCUGGAUAAGAAAGACCCUUUUGAGGUCCCAAGUGUUGUGGUCGUGCCAGCCGAGGGAUGUGAUGAUUGUGAUGUUCGUCAGCUGUCUCAGUUAGAGCCCGGAUCUUUUUGUUUGGGCUCGAUUGACUGUCUGGUGCGGGGGGGUGGGCUUCCACCCCACCGACUCUCCACCGACUCUCCACCGCCCAGCGGACCUCGCCAGGUUGGCCUUACCACAGAUCAGGCGGUGCGGGGCCUCGCUUGGAGUGGCCACUCUCCAGCGGACUGGGUGACGCGCUGGGCGAUGCGCCCGGGCCGGCGGAGGACGACUGGCCGACGGGCCGACGGAGCGCGCGGCCGAUGCAAGGUGGCCAUUAUCCAGAAGAACGAGCGCGGCCGAAUGAACAUUGUCAAAGCUGCCACGUACUUGGUUCUUUGCAUGUUUGAGCGUUGA